AACUCUGAAAGGCUGAAAAAAACUACUUUAGCUGAGCGGAAGAGGGAGAGACGAAAAUAACAUUUAUUUUGUCGUUUUCCUGAGGACUAUUGUAUCCACACAAUAGUUUUCAUGUCCAGAGGGAAAGUUCGGUCGGUGACAGAGGUUUGCGCAGAUUGCAGCGCCUCUGAUCCGACAUGGGCCUCCAUCAACCGUGGAAUAUUCAUUUGUGACGAAUGCUGCAGUGUUCACCGUUCCCUUGGACGUCACAUCUCACAGGUCAAAUCCCUCACCAAAGGCCAAUGGAGCACCACUCUCCUGGCUAUGGUUCAGCACCUGGCCAGUCACGGAGCCAACAGUAUCUGGGAGCAUUCAUUACUCGAUCCAUCACAGAGUAAACACGGAAAGAAAAAACCAACACCUCGCGAUCAAGUACAUCCGAUAAAAGCCGAGUUCAUCCGAUCAAAAUAUCAAUUUGUACAGUUCAUCAACAAACAGAAAGAUGGGGAGGUCAACUCUAUCGACGAUCUUAGCAAGCAACUUCAUUCAUGCGUACGAACAAACAACCUGGAGACCUGCCUCAGACUUCUAUCUAAAGGAGCCGACCCGAACUACUUCCAUCCGGAGAAGGGAAAUUGUCCUCUACAUGUUGCCGCCCAGAGUGGGCAGCCUCUCCAGGGAGAGCUACUAGUCAUAUAUGGGGCGGACCCAGGGGCAUAUGAUGCCAAUGGCAAGACUCCAAUAGAUCAUGCAAGGUCGGAAGGACAUAAAGAUUUAGCUGAUAGACUAAUAGAAUGCCAGUAUGAACUAACUGAUCGUCUCGCUUAUUACCUCUGUAAACGCAAACCAGACCACAGAAAUGGCUGUCAUUUCAUUAUCCCAGAAAUGGCCGAUAAUAGUUUAGAUAUGUCAGAAUUAGCCAAACAAGCAAAGAAAAAGUUACAAGCAUUACCGAAUCAUUUAUUUGAAGAAUUAGCUAUGGAUGUGUAUGAUGAAGUUGAUCGUCGUGAAAAUGACGAACACUGGACAGCAACACAUGAGAAUGCAUCCAUAGUCAGUGAUCGCCAGGGCGUGCCCUUUCUUCCCCUCAAUCCGGAUUUCUCUGCUACCAGAAACCAGGGUCGUCAGAAGCUUGCCAGAUUCAAUGGACGAGAAUUUGCUACGUUAGUGAUAGAUAUUUUAAAUGAUGCCAAACGAAGACAAACUGGAGUUAUGUCCCCUGUACAAACACCUAAAGAAGGAGGUGCUAGUCCUCUGUCUCAGCGCAGACCUCCUAAAAUCAACAGUAUCGCCAGUGACGAGGAACCAAUCUAUGAUAUUGUCGCAUCUGAUGAGGACUACAGCAGUAUUGACAAUCUGAGUAUCAAGAGCACAGGGAUGCGGGAUGACCGCAAGGAUUGGGUAGAGCAGGAAAGGGGGUCUUUGCGUACAGUUGACUCGACCCCCAAAUCAAUCAUGGCUACAGCGGAGGUGAGGCGUACUCUACAGCCUAACCCGGAGCCGAUUGUAGAAGGACCGGUGUCGACAGAUGAUUUUCUUCAGAUGAAAAAGAGAGCCACAUCUCUCGAGUCUCAAGUAGGACAACUCAUACAAAAUAAUAAGGACCUUCGACGGGAACGGGACGACCUUACGAUUCUGGUACAAAGGUUGACCAGGGAGAUUUCCAUACUGCGGGAUCAUACCCAGCAGAUUCAGCAAGCCCAGCAUAGCAUACAAAAUGGCUACGAUGGGCGGGACAAAGCAGGCCAGGACCGAUACGAAUCCACAGCACAGGGUCAGUAUGAUUCUGGGGGCUCAGGAGGCGAUGAUCCUUUUGACUGUGGUCCAGCCAGAAGAAAUGAAGGGUACGAUUCAGGAAGUCAUGAUCGCCCCGAUAGUUUACAGGAUAGUCCCCGACCCAGCACUCGACCGCAGUCCAUGUUUGAACCACGAGACCAGCAACGUCUCUCACAGAAGAGCCAAUCGAAGGACUCGUUACAGUCGGCCCAGUCACUAGCUAACAUACAUGUUCAGGAGGAAGUUCAGGUCGUGGCCUCUGACUCGUCAGAAGAACUACAGAAGCCUGUUGGACCAGACCUGUCUCACUAUGACUGCCCAAGCUCUCUACCCUUGGAACCAAGUGCAAUAAACCACAGUCAAGAGCCAACGCUGGAUGCUAAUGCUAAUCAGGAGUGUGAACAGGGAGCGAGCAGUCGAGAUGAAGGUGUGGAGGAGGACGGCCUUCCCACACAGGAGGAGGUCAUGAAGAAAACAGAAAAGAUCACCAAAAAUAUUCAGGAGCUCUACCUUUCAGGGCAGGAAGGCAAACAUGACAGCUUUGGACCAUGUGCGGACAGGAUCCAUUCAGCGGUGUUAGAUAUGGCAUCCUUGUUUCCACAGAGACCACAGUCAGAAAGUGUUAAAUGUGCAUUACACAUGUUGACAACAAGCGCACGGAGAUUACGGGAGGAAUGUCUGAAUGGACAUCCAGGCGACAUGGACCCAGAACUGGAGAUUCCACUCAAAACACAGCAAGUCAUGCAGUGUGCAUUCGAUAUCGCCCGUGCAGCCAAACAGCUAGUGACACUAUUCCAGUGACUUUUCCUCCACAUGGUGUUCAUUGCUGACAACUCCCCAUGCUGUUCUUUCUUAUUCUGAUACUCACUUCCUAGUGUUUACAUCGAACUGUCCACAACGGAAUCUCAGGGCCCGCCAGAUUAGGGCUCGCUUUCUAUGAUAUAUAUCAUACAUGCUAGAUUGAGAAAUCUCAACAGUUCAUAGUCCGGGAUAUUUGUGUGGAGCAGAAAUUUUGGAUAUUAUACCAGUUCAUUCUUCAUCAAAAAUGGACUUAAUUCAAAGGAUUUGCCAUCUAACAGCUGUCCAUUUGAAUUCCUUUGAUAGCCAUUUUGGCUCCUUUUCUAAACAUCAGUUUUCAAUUUUCCUGGAAUGGUAGUGAACAUCAGCCCUAUACAUUAGGGUAUAUAAUAUAUGUAUACAAAGGUUGUGUAAUGGUUACUAGAGAGAGGCUGUAUAUCUUCCUAUGUUCAAUUUUUGGGUAAGGAGCUCUCUUAGCUAACUCAAAUAUGCAGUGAAAAAGACAUGAUUUCAAAAUGUCUAAAAUUGCACAUUGAUUGCGUUUGUUCUGAAAUGAUCAAUUCAAAUCACAGAAAUCAUUUUCAGUAAUUAAAUUUUUAAAAAAAAAUAUUUGGAAAAAAAAAAAUUUAAAUGAAAGAUCUUUUGUUCCAAAUUGUUGCCCUUUUUGGAUUUUGGACAUUUUGUGAUACGUUGAAAAGUGGAUCAUUUUAAUAAGAUAAGUUGUAAGAUGUUUUGUUUCAAGCCAUUAGAAAUUCAUAUAUGAUAACUAUGUAUUUUGUUUGUGACAGAGCCUUGUUUUAAUGUUUAUUUCACUUUUAGACACCUUGUUGCAUUAUUAAUAGGUUUCGGAGAGUUAUUCAAGGGAGAUAACUACCAGAGAACCAGUAGAAACCAGAUCCAUUUUAUACUUGAAGUUUUACUGAAUAACUAUGUAACCUAGUCAUUUGUACAUAUUAAUACACACUGUUUAUUUAUUGUGGUUUUGUCACUCUGGAGUCUGGGUAAGUUUAUCAGGACUUCAAAGAUCAUUAAUAUUCAUAUUUUGAAUUCUAAUUAACAUACAGAGAGUGUAAGUUUUGAAAUUAUCUUGAGGAAUGAAAUAUAGGAAAGAUAUGUAUUCAGAUAUUCUGGAGUCAAGUUUUAGUGAUAGAGAAUAUUUUGAAUGAUGUCAUAUCACAAUUCAAAGCUGAUGUAAUUUAUUUUGAUGUCAUUAGCAGUUUUAAGGUUAACAUAGCAUAGUGACUUUGUCACUGAAAUAAUUAAUCUAUCUAGAAUUCAUAUACAUUUUAGUCCCAAUUUCACAUUUUAUAGCAAAUGUUGAAUUCGUCAAAAAAAAUCAAAAUUUCAUACAUAUACCAUCCACAUUGAUUUAGAUAUUCAAACAUUUAUAUGCAUAAGACCAUAUUUCAAUGUGCAUUAAGCAUUUGUCAAAACAUGCGUAUGUAAAUACUUGUCAUAUAUAUGUCAUUAUCACUAUACUCAUAGACCAAGUUUUAUUGUAUUGUCAUACUAUACUAAUGACAAAGAUCCAGCAGCUAGUCUAUACUACUGUUCAUGUGGUUUCUGUCUGUCCUGCUGUCCAUAUGAUACUUUUCUGUCUGUCCUGCUGUCCAUACAAUACAUUUUUGUCUGUCCUACUGUCUAUAGACUGUUCAUGUUUUUUUCCUGUCCUAGGCCACACAUUGAUACAUGUAUCUAUCCAUCUCUCAACUGUUGAAUUGUUCUUUCCUCUUUCAACUGUUGAAUUGUUCAUAAUCUGUCAACUGUUGAAUUGUUCAUAAUCUGUCAACUGUUGAAUUGUUCUUUCCUCUUUCAACUGUUGAAUUGUUCAUAAUCUGUCAACUGUUGAAUUGUUCAUUCAUCUGUCAACUGCAGUUCAUUCAUGUGUCAACUGUUGAAUUGUUCAUUCAUCUAUCCAUCUAUCAGCUGUUGAAUUGUUCAUUCAUCUAUCCACCUGUCAGCUGUUGAAUUGUUCAUUCAUCUAUCCACAUGUCAGCUAUUGAAUUGUUCAUUCAUCUAUCCACAUGUCAGCUAUUGAAUUGUUCAUUCAUCUAUCCACCUGUCAGCUGUUGAAUUGUUCAUUCAUCUAUCCACCUGUCAGCUGUUGAAUUGUUCAUUCAUCUAUCCAUCUGUCAAGUGUUGAAUUGUUCAUUCAUCUAUCCACCUGUCAGCUGUUGAAUUGUUCAUUCAUCUAUCCACCUGUCAGCUGUUGAAUUGUUCAUUCAUCUAUCCACCUGUCAGCUGUUGAAUUGUUCAUUCAUCUAUCCAUCUGUUCACCAAAUGAAAAUUAACGGUGAAUCGGAUCCAAAACCAUCAUUCGAUUCUGUGAGAAUUAGGUCUCUAUUUGUGUUUUUUUUUCUUUAUCGUUAGUAUUAAAUUAUUGGAGAUGUGUGAUUACUAUUUAAAAAUACAAAAUUAAUUGUACAUCUUAUUUUGACAUAUAUGCAAAAUCAUAAUAUGUUCUGUAGACUAAAGUGAUUUGUUGUGUAAAGUUCUUUUAACCAAUUCUGUAUGUAUUGCUAUGAUUUUAUGUUAAGCCAAAGACUCCAGAUUUUAUCCUAUCGACCCUACUGCGUAUAUGCUCAAAUGUGGCCUAUGUUAUUGACUGCUGCGGAGGCUUUCCUCAAACAAGGAAAAUCAAGCAUGUGCAUGCGUCUUGAGUGAUACAUUGUCAUUAAUCAUACUCAUAUACUAUAAUAUUGCAAUAUAUGUGAAUAAAAUCUGUAUUUAGUGUGUCAAGUAUAUUAUUGUUAAUGUAAAUAGUAAACAGUGUUAUGUAGUCAUUGUACAGUAUUAGAUAUCAUUACGGUGUUAAUCCUACUCUGUAUAUAGUAUAACAUGGUGCUUUAUAACCUAUAACACAAAGCACUAAAUGUUGUGUAUGUGAAUGUUACACACAGGGGCUUGUAGCAUGAAACGAGGAAAUAACACCCUUUGGUACAGGUCUUUUAUACACAGGCUGUGUAUAUCAGCAAUACGCACAGGGGCUUAUAAUAUGUGGCUGUGUAUAUCAGCAAUACGCAUGGGGGCUUGUAAUAUGAAACUAUGAAGUAAAGACACUAAGUUGUGAAAUCUUAUUAUUUAGAUUAAAUUUAGCUCAGUGUAUCUUUACUAGGGCUUGUAGCACGAAAGUAAGGAAUACAUACGGAGAUAAAUAUAUAUGGAAUAUUUCGCAUAGGAAUAUUUUGGGUAUAAUGGUUUUCAAGUUAUAAACCCAUGAGAAAUAUGCAAAGGGCUUGUAAACAAGUAAAAUGGAAAAAUUACUAGGCUACAAACCCCUGUGUCAUUGGCAAUGUAUUUACUCACAGGGGCUUGUAUACGACUGAAAUGGAAAUAUUUACCAGGCUACAAACACCUGUGGUAUUAGCACACAGAGGCUUGUAUACAAUAGGGUUUUUCAGGCUACAAACCCCUGUGACAUUAGCAGUUUACCGGGUAUCUAGAAAUUGUAUAUGGGAGUUAAAUUUAGCUAUGCUGCUUCAGCCGUGCUGUAGUUUCAUAUUUUAUACCAAUGUUUAUCAUUUAUAUAAAAACACAUUUAUGCAUGAAUUUUAAACUGUUUCAUUCUUGCUUUCCUCUUUCGUCCAACCUUUUACAAGUUGCUGCGAGACCUUUCAAUAAUAGUUAAUUAGUUUUAACUGCUACAGGGGAUAUUUAUUAUGUCUUAUUCAGUAGCCAAGUUACAAAUACAACAUAUUCUUAUACUUCAAGUUCUCAAUAUCUCAAUUGAUCACCAUAAUAAAAGACCACCUUUAACCUAUAUUGAUUACUGACUAUGUAUCAGAAGUAUUCUUAGUGAGAAUGUUUUGUAUAUCUGUACCAGUUCACUAUGCUUGGUGUCAUGGUGAUAGGUUGGAUGGAAGGGGAAAACAUCAAUGUUUUUAUGCUCAAUGCCUCUGAUAUUGCCUUAGAUUAUGUCCCUUCUCCAUCCACACUUAGAGCUAUUGUAGACCAAGGUCAAUGAACCCUAGAGCUAUUGUAGACCAAGGUCAAUGGACAGCAGGGUUCUAAACUUUAGGGAUCUUGUGUUUAGCCGUCAUCCAUUGAACUGUCAGUCUUUCAUUUAUUGUCAGAACAAGUCCCCAGUUGUGUAUAUGAUAUCCAAUAAUCCAGGGAAUCAACCUGACAAGAAAAAGAGUCCUGCAACUUUUUUGAGACAUAUUUGUUUGUCUCUCAAAUAAGCCUUUUAGUUUGCUUGAUGUAAGAGUGUGCAGCACUUAAAUUCAUACCCUCCUCCUUCCAUAUGAACUAGUUAGGAAGAUUUUGAUAACUUACCAAAGGAAUGUCCUUGUAUGAAAUUAAAAACUAAGUGAUUUGCUUUAAAUAUAAAUCAUACAAUUUUUUUAAACAAUCUGUCAAAAAUGUAUUUUACCGUUAACUUAUUUCUUGACAUCAAUUUAUUUUCAAAAUGGCCAUUAUAUAUGGUAAUGCAGAAUUAGUAAUAUCAGCAUCAAAACACGUAUAUUCGUAUAACUGUGUGUACAGAAUUUGUUUUCCCUAUAUGCUUUGUAUGGAUUUCUUCUGACCAAUUGUUUGGGAGAUAUUUUGCAAUAAUAGUCAUUUUUUUUAAAUUCACAUGUCCAGUACUAUCUUGUGUGAUUUUUAUGGGCAGUGGCAAUAUAUCGGAUGAAAAUGCAAAUGCUUCCAGUUUUUCUUUUGUAAUCGAGAAGAUGUCAUUGUAAUAAACUUGAGUUUCACUGUGUUAGAACUACUACACAUACUUAUAGAUAUUAGCUGUAAUAAAUAGACUGUAUACUUAACCUGUAGAGUAUGUAGAACAUUUUAUUUACAUUGUAUAUAACAGUGUAAGUCUGAACCUCAAUAAUUACUUGUGAUAAGACCAUGCUUGGUAUUAAGACCACCCUUCUGUUAUUUUCAAACUGAUUUCACUUUCCUUUGAAAGAGCUGGUUCAUACAAAAUAAAGGCAAAUUAAAUCAAAUUCAGCAUAUCGCAAAUGCAAAUAUUUUAACCCAAGUUUCAUUUAUUGUAUCAUUAUCAUUGAUAAAAAACAUGUUGUAUAAGAUAUUUUUUCGUGUGUAUAUCCUCCGUGUUUUGGCUAUGACUUGUAACCCAGAAUGGGACAACUCAUCAAUAAGAUAAGCGAGAUAAGUAUUGAUUACAAUUCAGAUGUAUGAAGGGGAUUAAUUACCAUGCUGUAAUUUAAAAUUUUAGUUUCUACACCCAAAUGUCCCCCCAGAUACCCUCAAUCACCACCCAUUUUUUUAUUGCUUUUUCUAUCAUACUAACAGCUAAUGUACAUUUCCUUUGAAAUGUUCAGAACAAAAUUUUCCAGCAACACCUUGUUGUUACUUCACCCUCUCCGUUCUCUACCAGUAAAUCAAAAUGUUACAUUGUACAGGUAUCAAGUGUUAUAUUUUACAGGUAUCAAAUGUUAAUUUAUAUAGCUUAAUAGCAUUAUGGUGAUUUUACUAGGUUUCGCAUGCUGGUUAUGCUACAACAUAUAGAAUCUAUGUUUUUGGAUGUUUGAUAUACAUACAUACCCUGGUAACUUCCUCUGUUAGCAGUGAGCUUGCAAAUGAUGUGCAGUUAAUUACAUACAUUGUAAUAGGUUUUUUUCUUUCCAAAAAUAUUCAAUUCAUCCUGAAGCUAGUAGCCCCGAAUUAAAAGCAAGUUUAUUUUUUCUUUUAAGAUAUGUAAAUACGGAGCCAACACAGAGAAAAAAGUUUGCAAUACAAUGAGAGUAAAUGAUUUUCAUUAUGGAGUAAUGGCACCUACUUACAUCUGAUGUGACUUUUGGUUGAAACAAUGUUUCAUUUUCUAAUACAUGGUUAUACAAAAUAUCAUUAGGGAUCUGUCAACAACAGCAGACUCUUAUAUUAAGCUAUUUCCAAAGUGAAGUGUGAACAAUUUUAUUUAUAUUUUUUGUUUAAACUGGGUUAAUUUAAAUGAAAUCAGAUCCUGGUUGUGUUCUCUUAAAUCCUACAAAACACACAGUAUACAAGAGUGUGUUAUUGUGAUGUAGGUAUAACCUGACAUCUCUCGUGCUGUAUUCAAUUGACACACUAGUACUGUAUUCUAUAUAUAUAUUAAACAUUAUAAAGACUGAACUGGUGUACAUACACUGGUCUAAUGAAGCUUACAUAGGUUGUGUACUGUAGUUAUUCCACAAAUGAUAUCGACAAACAUUUUGUAAAAAAAAAUAUGUAGAAUAUUAAAGGCAAGUUUCUUCAGCAUACAUUUUUUUUAAUUGUCUUAUGAAAUGAAUACAGAGGAACUUUACUAAUUAAAAGAUCUUUUGUCAUGUUUGUUUGAAUUUUAUGCUGGCUACUUAAAAUGAUACUUUUGGAGUCACAACAACAAAGAUUAAUUGAUGUAUUUUGUUUCAACAAUAUGGAUGUAUGCUAUGCAAAUCAUGUCAUUUAUGUAAUGUACAUCUUUAUUUAAAGAUAUGUUCAAAGCAUGUUAGCAAUUCUUUUAUACACUAUAUAUAUAGCACACACAAUUAGGACAACAAAAAAUACGAUAAUAAUUGAUGUUUUUAAUCAUACACCAAGUUUGAGAGUUUGAUACAAGAGACCAUCAUUAUAGGCGUUGUAUAGUCCUGCAUGCAUGAUUAACCAUAUCUGUCGUAGUGAGUUAGGGAAUUGCUCAUGUGCCAUUGCUACUUGUCCGAGGUAGAUUUUUAUCUGUAACCCAUUAAUUACCAUUGUUUUACCAUAAGUACCCAGUCUAGUAUACUACUCCCAGUAACGAUUGGUAUAACUGACAUUAUUUUGUACAAUAAAACAAGAAUGCUCAUAAG